UCAGCACACUCAUUUUUUUGGCAGCAUCAAGCAAUGGAUAACGAAAACCUUUACAAGUCAUUGGAGAAGCCAACUGAAGAUAUUUACACAGCACUAGCGCAAAUCUUGGACAGAAAAAGAAAUAAGGGGGCAAAAGCACAUAUUAAUAGAGUUAAGAGGGACCCCAGUAGCCCUUCACACUUGGAGGAAUGUAGAGACACUGAGACAGUCAUAAGAGAGUCUCCCUCUAAAACAAUUUGGAAAGGCAUUCUACUGAAACUUCUUUUUUUUGUGUGUGGUGCACUUGUGGCUACCUUCAUCUUCCUAGUUCUUUACUAUCUCACUGCCUUCAAGCAGACAUACAACAAUGAUAAACUUCAGAAAAAUGAGUCCUUCACUAAGAAAGAACUAAAGCAGCUACAAUCUCAGUUGGAAGAACUGCAACAGAGAAAUAAUGAGCUUUUGUCAAAACUAGAAGCCCUUGAUGAACAAUGUCCUAUAACAAAUAAUUAUACUCAAAGCAGGAUUUGUUCUGGGUGUCCAGCAGGGUGGGUGUUGUUCAAUUCUAAGUGUUACUUCUUCUCUACUGAUAAAAUGGACUGGUAUUUGAGUGAUGCGGACUGCAACUCAUUGGGAGGGCACCUGGUAAUUAUUGAAAGCUAUGAGGAGCAGCAAUUUUUAAAAAAUGAGAUUACCAAACGAGGCCAUGGGAAGUCCUACUGGAUUGGGCUGACUGAUUGUCAAACUGAAGGUCGCUUUUUCUGGGUAGAUGGAAGUCCAUUGGAUUCACAUAAAAGCUUCUGGGACACAGACAACAAUGGAGGAAUUCAACCAGAUAACUGGAAAAAUAAUGGACUUUCACCAAAAGGAGAAGACUGUGUGCAUCUACAGAUACUUCCUUACUCUAGCGGCUGGCAUGAUGGCUUUUGUGAAAGGCAAGAAAAAAGGAUCUGUGAAGCAGCUACACAGACAAUAACACUUAACAUGUAAACAAAGAAUAGAAAAAAAUUGAAUAAAAUUACUUCUUAGGUUGGUGGACACUUCUUAAGUGACUGCAAAGGAACCAGUUUAUACAAAGAGUGGGAUUUAUUUGUCAGAUUUUAAUACAUUUUAGAUGUUCACAUGUACCUCUCCAUUGAAAUAAGCUGCAUCCUCUCUUUGCCCAUCCAGAUGCCAAGUAUUUGCUUUUCCAUUUCCUUGGAUCUUUCAAUAAAAGUCUUAAAAUAUCUGCUGUACGGAAG